AUGACGGAACCAGUCGCACCCAUCGAGUCACACCCGCCAGUAUCAUCAGCAAAUCCAGCCCCAACAUCACAAGGGGAGAGAGCUCCAACGCCCGAAGAACCCAUUUCCGGACCUAGGAUAACAAUUCAAUACUGCACGCAGUGUAAAUGGAUGCUCAGGGCCGCUUAUUUCGCCCAAGAACUCCUCUCCACAUUCAGCACUGAUAUUGGCGAGAUCGCGCUGGUGCCGAGGACGGGGGGUGUCUUCCGGGUUACGAUUUUCCCAUCUGCUUCGACAUCUUCGACUUUACCCAGUGGUGAGGGUGAGGAGGGGGAGGUUCUCUGGGAUCGGAAGAGGGAUGGCGGGUUUCCUGAGGUGAAAGUGCUCAAGUCCCUUGUUAGGGAUGUGAUUGAUCCGUCGAGGGAUCUGGGGCAUACGGAUCGGGCGUUGAGGAAGGGGUCUACUGUCGCUACCCCUGCUCCCAAGACUGCUGCUCCUCCUACACCUUCCGCACAGACGACGGCUCCAGUAGACAAGACCUGCGAAGACUGUCGGUAA